AUGGAUAGCAAUGUUAUUAUCAGAUCACCCCCUAGGAGCAUAGAGGGCAACUAUGAUGAUCAGUCCAUGGUAUCAGCCGAGGACUUAAUCCCACCUUAUGGAGCCCUUAAGAUUAGUUCUUUAAAUGAAGAGGAACACAUGGAUGAAGAGGAGAUGCAGGAGGAAAGUAAGGGUGAAGAAAACACUAUGUCAAAUGAUGAGGAUCUCCUUGGUUUGGAGCUCGCGAAAAUGGAGUAUAAUCGAUCCAUGUUUGAUGAUACCGAGCACUCUUUGGCUGAGACUAAUGACUCAAUUCUUAUGAUUGAGGCUGCACCAGUAAUGGGGUCUGGGGAGAACGAUUUAGAUCCACCUAAAUCUGUAGCUCGAACAAGGGGUCAAAAAUGUAAGGGUGACGGCUGCAAGGAAACUGAGGAAUGGGUCUACUACUCAAACGAAUGGUAA